ACCGCCAUCAGUUCGAUCUUCUUCAUGUUCCCUGUCUCUAACGCUAACGUUCCUGCGUUCAAGUGGCCGUCUCUCGUCGUGUCUCUCUUUCUCUCCGAACUCGAGUAGCCGAGAAACGGUGCUGUAAUCGGCGACAAGCGGCCCGGGCGUCGUCGUUUCGACCUGCUACUCAGAAGCUGAGGAAGAAGACGAGGGAGGAGGGGAAGAAGGAGCAAAGGAGCAAAGGAAAGACGCAGGGGGCAGAGAGAGAGAGAGAGAGAGAGAGAGAGAGAGAGAGAGAGAGAGACAGCCGAGUUAACGCGACUCGAGUCCGGCGAAGUUCACCGUCGAGCUUCGUCCUCGAGCUUCGAUCCGCGCGACUCUUCGCCUCCUCUCGCCCUCGGUCUCGUCGUUCUCACCGAGUCGGCCGUCAGCGGGCAACGCAACAAUUGCAGGAAGGAUGGGACUCUCUUAGCACUCGCCGGCACCCCCCGCGACCUCGUUGAGCUGUCUGUCGUUGAGCUCGGUGUUCGUGCUCGAGCCACCUCGACCUCGCGCUCUCGACCGAGCCCGGACUUUUUUAUCCUUGGCCGUUUCUCGGCUCGGCUCACCUCGCGAUUCCGGCAAAAUAACACGCGCGGAGACUGUCCUCGGUAACGCGACGGACACGCAGUGUCUUAUGACUCGCUCGCUGCGCUCCGGCCCAGUUAUGUUCUCGAUCGAGUACAGCAAGCAAUUCCUGAGUUACCGUAUACUCAAGUCCAAUCGGUUCAAGUACAUCUGACGAUACGGACUCGGACUACGUGGUAAAGAGUGCGAUCUGGGUGGUGUGUGUGCGCGCGGUCGACUUGUACCUACGGUGCUGAGGAGGGCUGGCAGGACGGUGUUCCGGCAAGACCUGGAAAGUCUUGUGCCAGAGUUCGAUGGUCGGGUCGCUUUUCACGGCGACGAGGACUUGUUGACGGCAGCAGGACGAUUAGCCGACGGACGCUCUCGGCGUCAUCGACGAUCGUUGGCACGGCGAAGAUUUUCGGGGGGCGAGAAUCUGACGCGAGUCUGGCAGAGGAAAGGAGAGAGAUUGUCUCUGUCUCAAGCGAAAUUAGCCUCGAGUUUCAUUGUUCUUAAUUAUAAUUCGAUACGAGGGUGUUUAUCGCUGCGGGAUCCCGCGAGCGGGACAAGUGAAAAAUCCACAGGGAGGAUAAUUCGUUGAAAUUUCACCGCAAGCCUCAGGGUUGCGCGGAGGGUUCGUUGAAGAGAGAGUUUUGUCAUUGAGGGAGCUUUACAAUCGGGAAAAUCGACUAUCGGCGUUCAUUAGCGGAGCAUCUUGGCGGCCGGAGUCAGGCCGCUGCGAUUCAUCUAGAGCGGCGACACCGCUCGAGGGCCACGAUGCGCCUGUACAUUGGCUCGUGAAUGAUCGUUAAAAGCGAGGAUCGAGCGGCAGGAUCAGAGCGGAAAGCGAAAUCACUCGGGAAUUCCGCCUUCGAGCGAACGACGGAGAGCGAGAGAGAGAGAGAGAGAGAGAGAGAGGGACACACACGGGGACGCGUCUCACAUUGACUUUUCGCGGCGGUACAUACACAUACACAUACAAAUAUAUGCACACAUGUACACAUCGACGCGCGCAUAAUCGAGCCGCAUAAAACGCGAAUUAAACAGAGUCUCGCUAAUUAAGGCGGGCGAUCGAGAGAAAUCUGCACGUCUUUGGUCAAAUCGGUGAAGUCGGUAUAAAGUCGGAGAAGAGAGAAAGAGAGAGAGAGAGAGAGAGGGAGAGAGAGAGAGAGAGAGAGAGAGAGGAGGAGCGGAAAGAAAGACGAUCGCGAGGCAAAAGAAGAGCGAAAAACAAAAGACAAACAUGAUCGUUUACGUUCCGGGCAGAAUGCCAACUCACGUUGGUCCCUACGGCGCCGCUCGUUACCCGGGCACCCUGCUAGGACCUGUCCCGGGUUUUUACAACCCGGUUUCCGGCUACUCCACCAGCCCGAGCUCGAGCUACUACGGGAGCAUCAGCAUCCAGCACCACCAGCAGCUGGACCUUCCGGUUUGGCCGCGAAGGAUGCCGGCCGAGGAGGAACUGGGGAACUCCUCUCCGUCCGCCGGACUGACCGGACUCGGCGUGUCUCCUGGCGCUCUCGGCAACGGCGGCCCACCGAGCCCGGCGCACAGCGACUCGGACGCGUCCAGCUCCAGUUUGGAGCUGGGCUCCAUCAGGGGGGCCGAGAACGCUCAGUUGAAGUGCAGAUGGCAAAAUUGCGACAAGAGAUUCGCGUCGCUGGAGCAGCUCGCGGGUCACGUUGCGAGGUUGCACGCGGCACCGGGCGCGCGGGGUCUCUUCUACUGCGGAUGGGAAGGCUGCCCGAGGGGUGAACGCGGUUUUAACGCGAGGUACAAGAUGCUGGUCCACGUGCGCACGCACACGAACGAGAAGCCGCACCACUGCUUCCAGUGCGACAAGAGCUUCAGCCGGGCGGAGAAUCUGAAGAUUCACGCGCGCUCGCACACCGGCGAGCGCCCGUACGUCUGCCCGGUCGCAGGCUGCAACAAGGCCUACUCCAACUCCUCGGACCGAUUCAAGCACACCCGGACGCACUCGGUGGACAAGCCGUACUGCUGCAAGGUACCAGGCUGCCCCAAGAGGUACACCGACCCGUCGUCCUUGAGGAAGCACGUCAAGACCUAUCGCCACUACGUGAACAACAACGACAAGGUGCAGGAGAAGAGCUUUGACGACGGCAACGUGCAUCCGGAGAAGAUGCCCAUCAGGUACGACGCCAACUCGCCGGACAAGCAGAGCAGCAGCGCGCACUCCGAGUCGGACUCGAAGAAGGACUCGAGCAUCGAGAGCAACAACACCUCGGUCUCCAGCCCGAAGGCCAGCAACAGCUUCGAGGAACAGCGCAACUUCGUCGAGUGGAACAACAUGUACAAUCUGCAGGAGCAGCGGAAGGAGCAGCAGCAAGAGCAGCAGCCGGUGAUCAGCCCGCCGAAGACGUACGCCGAGAAGGACGUGAAGAUCUAUCAAGCGAUGUACGACGAUAGCUACAUCAUACCGGAGAGGAUCCAGGUGAAUCCCAUGUACGCCUCCGCCGGCAACACCAUCAUCAAGGACUGCUCCGCGGUGUCGUCGCCACACGCGAGUCCCGGUCGCGUGUCCGACACGAUGUCCCGCAUCGGCAUGCAGUCGACGCCCAUCAAAACCGAGGAGCCGAUGGACUGCGGCGCCAAGACUACCACCACCAUCACCACCACCAGCACGGUAGACUACAGGAACAUCGACUCGAUCGUCAACAGCACGCCCUGCAAGAAGGAGAGUCCCAUCAGCUGCGACCCGGUGAGGCACACGGUGAUCAAGCGCGCGGAGGAUGUGAAGAUGGAGGUGCAGAUGGAACACACACCGCUGAAGGAAGAGUACAAGGACACCGCCGGCGACUGCUGCUGCCGGCACAAGUGCUGCGUGCACAGCAACGACGGCAUCCUCGAAAAGUCGAAGCUCCUGUCCGACUUUAUCCUCAAGACGCAGGACCCGCUCUUCCGGCACCUGCUGAACACGAUGGACCUGCAGUACGGCCUGCGGAACAUGUGGUGCAACAUCACCGACACCGCCAACACCUGCGGCCUCAGGGUGAAGAACGAGGGCGUCACCGAGAUGGAGCAGGACCUGCCGUUAGACUUGACGAUUAACAAGUAGAUUGACUAAUCGGCUCGGUGGGAGACCAAAAACGAAGGGAGGAAAGGAUAAUCCUUACGCAUCGCUGCAAAUUAUCAUUCCUUGUCGUCGUCGUCGUCGUCGUCGUCGUCGUCGUCGUCCUAAAACGCGGCUCGGACGAAGAAAACACGCGGAUUCCGGCCGCGACUCGCGACGAUAACCUCACGAAAUCGACAAAGGGAGCGACCGACCGUCGGAAAGGACGAGCCAAGGUCGCUCUUCGGAUCAGACUGCGAAACCAAAUAUAUUUUAAUACACCGUAAUGAUGUAUAGCGAGACGGAGGCAGUCGGUGAUCGAACAAUAGGUUGCUCAAUCCGCUUUAAGUAGCCGGCCGAAACCGAUAUCGCACCGGUCGGAUCGUUAAUCAGAGACAAUUGUCAAGCUAGCGCGGUAAGCGCGACUCCUUAUUAAUCGCGGUGCCUUAAU